AUGGGGUGGAACUCAGCAGUAGCAUUUGGUUGCGGAAUUGAUGAAAAAUCGAUGCGACAGCAAGUUGACCUCAUGGAAUCAAGUGGAUUACGAGAUUCGGGUUACGUGACUUUCAUUCUGGGAUGUGGCUGGCAAGCUAUUGACAGAGCCAAAGAUGGAACAUUCGCAGCAAAUCAACAAGCUUUUCCGAGCGGAAUGAAUGGGAUGGCUAAAUACGUUCAUGGUAAAAAGAUGCAGUUUGGACUGACAUCAACUGCGGGGGAUCAUCCUUGCGGGACCAGAGCAAAAGCUCAUAGUAAGAUGAUAGGUUCACGGAAUCAUGAAGUAGCGGAUGUCAAGACAUUUGUUGGUUGGGGAAUUGAUUUCUUGAAGAUGGAAUUCUGUUGGGCAGACAACCCUCAUACCCCGGUGGAUUACAAUCCCAAUUUUAGUGUCAAGGACCGCUUCAAAGUGACACGAGAUGCUUUGAUUGCUAGUGGUGCACCUGUUACUUAUGCCAUAUCUGCCUGGGGAAUCCAAAACCCAUUAUCGUGGCCGGUGAAAGAUUAUGCUAAUUUGUGGCGGAUAGGAGACGAUGUCGCUGGGGCGUCAGAUACGUGGAGUCGCGUCGUACGCACAAUCAAUCAAUUCGCUUCCGAAGCUUGGGCCAACGAACCUGGAACGUUUGCAGACCUUGAUUUAUUAGAAGUUGGACAAGGUGGUUUGACAAGGAUUGAGGUUAUCACUCAGUUUACUUUUUGGGCAGCAGCGAACUCAUCUCGUCAUCGGAAACACAGAUCACCUUUGAUCAUUUCCACAGAUCUCACUCGUCUAGAUCCAAGCCUGAUAGGACACUUCAAGAACCCCAAACUGAUUGCUGUCAAUCAAGACCCCCUUGGAGCAAGCAUCAGAUUAAGACGACGAUACACUGAUCAACAUGACGUAUGGAGUGGACCACUCAAAGACGGAAGCGUCGUAGUCGUGAUUGUCAACUUUUUGGCCGAUACGCUUUUGAUCGAUUUCAACCUCGCGGAUCUGGGCCUGUUGAGUGCCAAUAUAGUCGACCUAUGGACAGAGGACGCCCUUGACGUAUGGAACACGACUAUUCCAUUACAAACCUCUACUCAUGGUGUCCAGCUGUUGAAGCUUACUGAAAUGGUUCCCAAGCCACCCGUGAAAUAUCAAAAAUAUCCUGCCAUUGGUCCAAACUGUGACCUAUACGGGAUGGCCGCAAAACGUGUGACAGGGACCGGAUUAGCAGUAGCCGGAAAUGUUGGAAAGGGAGCAUAUGUUCAAUGGCACGACGUCGAUGGAGGAGACCAAGGAGGAAGAAAAUACGUUACCAUUGAUUAUAUCAUGGCCGAUAGUGAACUCGUUAUCAAAUCAGAUUGCCCGCGUUGUCGGGAAGCCUAUAUCACUGUGAAUGGCGGACCUGAUGUCAAGUUGAACUUCCCAGCAAGCGGAAACUCUUGGGAUGAUGUGUAUAGAGACUAUCUUCUAGAAAUGGAUGGCUUCACACCAGGACCUACUAACAAGAUCAAGAUCUCCAAUGGAAAUGCCUUGACUCCGGACUUGGUCAACAUAGGAGUUCAAAUAUGA